AUGUCCGCGCUCGCCUUCGCCACACCGGCCCUAUCGGCCUCAUGCAGGAGGCCCGAUAAUCUGGGCUCCUGGAACUAUUGGAUCGAGGCCGAUGGUGUCUCCGAUAUCCCUGGAAUUUGUGGAGGCCUUUGGGACAACCUAAAGCAGUUUGCAGCCUGUCCCGUCGGAGUUAUCGCUGAGUGCUCCGACCUUGGAAACGGUAAACUGCUCUGGCAAUUCACCGUGGGCAAAGGUUGCAACAGCGGAAUGGUUGAGGCAACUUGGUACGACGCUACAGAGAAUCGGUUCGGCAGCAUCGAUUGUCCGUAG